UUUCGUGGGCAUGUAAUUCAAUCACAAUUUAGUUAAUCAGCGGCCAUAGUUCUGUCGGUCUCGAUCGAGAUUUCAGCUCAGACAUUUAGCAAGACAUUGAAAAGGUAUGUCUUUUGGAGGUUUGGAUUACGCUGUGUAAGUGUUCGGUGAUAUGUCUGAACGAGAUGAUAAGGUUUCAACUGCUGGCCACAAAGAUUACAGUGUUUCAGAUAUAAACACAUCAAGUCCUUUGUCAAUAGGACAAACUCUAAGCUCCCCUGGUGGAUCUUAUGAGUUGGGGUUCUUCAGUCCUAACAAUUCUCGGAAUCAGUAUGUUGGGAUCUGGUUCAAGAACAUCACUCCUCAGGUCGUUGUCUGGGUGGCUAACAGAGAUAAGCCAGUCACAAAAACCGCGGCGAAUCUCACUAUCAGCAGCAACGGGAGCCUGAACUUGCUUGAUGAGAAACAAGAUGUUAUUUGGUCAACAGGAGAGGCUUUCACAUCCAACAAGUGUCAUGCGGAGCUUUUAGACACAGGAAAUCUUGUUGUGAUUGAUGAUGUUUCAGGGAAAACAUUAUGGCAAAGCUUCGAGAAUCUUGGUAAUACUAUGCUGCCUCAGUCUUCCGUGGCUUAUGAUAUUCCCCGUGGGAAGAAUCGUGUAUUGACUCCAUGGAAAAGUUACAACGAUCCAUCGCCUGGGGAAUUCUCACUGGAGUUCACCCCACAAGUCCCACCACAAGGCCUCAUAAGGAGAGGCUCAGAGCCUCACUGGAGAAGUGGUCCAUGGGCAAAAACAAGAUUCUCUGGGAUACCUGGAAUUGAUGCAUCAUACGUAAGUCCAUUCACUGUUGUCCAAGAUGUAGAAAAAGGCACCGCGUCUUUUUCUUAUUCUCAGUUGAGAAACUACAAACUGUCGUAUGUUACGCUAACAACAGAGGGGAAAAUGAAGAUCCUCUGGAAUGAUGGUAAAAAUUGGACGCUUCACUUUGUGGCUCCAUCUAGCCCAUGUGAUCUAUAUGGUUCUUGCGGCCCUUUUGGUUUGUGCGUGCGAACCAGUACCCCGAAGUGCAAAUGCUUGAAAGGGUUUGUACCAAAGUCAGAUGAAGAGUGGAGAAAAAGGAAUUGGACAAGUGGGUGUGUGAGGCGUACACAAUUAUCUUGCCAGGCGGAUUUUUCUACAAAAACGCGAGGCAAAGACGCAGACAUCUUCUAUCGUAUGAGUCAUGUAAAGACUCCGGAUCUGUACCAAUUUGCAGGCUUUCUCGAUGCAGAACAAUGCUACGAGGGUUGUCUAGGCAACUGUUCUUGCACAGCCUUUGCCUAUAUUAGUGGAAUUGGAUGCUUGGUAUGGAACCGGGAGCUAGUAGACACAGUUCAGUUUUUGUCUGAUGGAGAGUCUCUUUCCCUUCGUCUUGCAAGUUCAGAAUUAGGUAGGGAUAAAAAGCGGUUAUUAUGAUGAACAUCGAUUAUUGUCGGUGCUACUGCCAGCAUUUCCAUUUUCGUGAUCUUGGUUUUUGCCGCAUAUACGUUCUGGAGAUACAGAGCAAACAAAAAUGCAGUACCAAAUUUUAUGUUCAUCAAUACUUCAGAAGAAGCACGGAAGAAUGACUUGGAACCACAAGAUGUCUCCGGCAUAAAUUUCUUUGAGAUGCAUACUAUACGAACUGCUACUAACAACUUCAGUUCCUCAAAUAAACUCGGCCAAGGUGGAUUUGGUCCAGUUUAUAAAGAAAAGUUGGCAGACGGGAAGGAAGCUGUUAAACGCCUCUCUAGCAGCUCCGGACAGGGUACAGAGGAGUUCGUGAAUGAAAUAACACUAAUCUCAAAACUACAACAUAGAAACUUGGUUAGGCUUUUUGGAUGCUGCAUCAAAGGGGAAGAGAAGCUAUUGAUUUAUGAAUUUAUGGUGAACAAAAGCCUCGACGCUUUUCUAUUUGAUUCAACUCUAAAGUUGGAGCUUGAUUGGCCAAAGCGAUUUGAUAUCAUUCAAGGUAUUGCGCGUGGACUUCUCUAUCUCCACCGUGACUCACGCCUACGGGUAAUUCACCGAGACCUGAAGGUCAGCAAUAUUCUUCUGGACGAGAGAUUGAUCCCCAAAAUAUCAGAUUUCGGAUUGGCUCGGAUGUUUCAGGGAACCCAUUUCCAGGACAACACUCGCAGGGUUGUAGGAACUCUAGGAUAUAUGUCUCCUGAGUAUGCAUGGGCAGGUGUGUUCUCCGAGAAAUCAGACAUCUACAGCUUCGGAGUCCUACUGUUAGAAAUCAUCAGUGGAGAGAAGAUCUCAAGGUUCACCCAUGGAGAAGGAAAGACCCUCAUUGAAUAUGCAUGGGAAUGUUGGUGUGAGACAAAAGGAAUGGAUUUUCUGGACCAAGAUCUUGGUGAUUCGUAUUGCCCAUUACAAGUUGGGAGAUGUGUUCAGAUUGGUCUCAUUUGUGUGCAACAUCAACCUGUAGAGAGACCAAACACACUUGAGUUGCUGACUAUGCUCACAACCAAAUCAGAUCUUCCAUCACCAAAACAACCCAUAUUUGCAUUGCACACUCGAGAAGAUGAAUCCACCUCUAUUGAUGUGAUCACCGUCAAUGGGUUGACACAAUCUGUGAUCCAAGGGCGUUAGGUAACGAUGGGUGAUCAUCCAAAUUUGUGGAAUUGAAAGUAUGUGGAUCUUCUCUGAUCCUAUAAGCUAAAGUGAUCAUCUUUUCAAUUUGAUGUUUUUUUGUUUUACUGUUUGGAAUAAGAACAGUAUGUGUUCAAUGAAAUGCCUUGACGAGAUGUGUAAGGUUU